AACAUUAGCCGGAUGAAGUCUAAAAUGAUUCGUUCAGCAUCAUUUACACAUCUUUAUGAACAUCGUCUGGACAAUGUGCAAUUUAACUGAGCACUCCUCAUGUUAGCCAUAUUUGUAUCUUUUGUCGUGACAUAUACACAAUGCCUGCACAUUACGGACACUCGUUGAAAAUAACCUCUCGACAUUUGAAAAACAUUUAAUGCAUUUCGAAAUGCAUAAAUAUUGCGGCCAAAUAACUAACCGAUCUGGAGUGUUUUAGUUUUUGAACUACUCGUUAUUGGUAACCUAUCACUGCUACCAACUCUACUCUGUUAUCAAGAUGUUGGCAAGUCACACGGAGAGGAGUGUCGCGUCUGAUAAAAAUGUCACCACCCAUGUGUGCGGUGUGUGGGAUUAUGUAUGGUAGUUUGCCACGAUUUCAGUUAUCCUACAUUUUAAUGAAAGUAUGCAUUAAAUGUCGACCAAUGUGAAGUGAUCUAGAAUAUCUGCAUUUCAUCAUUACAUCCCGAUGUGUAUUUUCAGAACUUUGUUUUCAUUGUUAAAAGCGAAUUUACCAAGUAUUACUGUGUGUAUUACUAUGUUGUUAACUCGUUGACUUGUGAUUGUAAUUAAUACUGCUGAAAAUAAUUUUCAUUCGACGACGAGUGGGUUCUUUUCUUGUCGAGAAGACUUUCGAAAUUUGACAUUCAUGAUCCUGUGGUCACGGUUAUCACUAAAUCUCAAUGACUACAAAUGUGACAUUUUUAUAUGUCAUUUAUUUCAUUUGUUCCAUCAUUUCUGUUGAAUGACAGUUUGUUUACUUACAAUGAAAAUUAGGGUUACUGACCACCUCUUGUGAUUAUCAUCUCAUGUAUAUUUUAUGACUAAAAAGUGAGUGACAUUUACUUGGUGUUCAGAAAUCGAAAUGGAAAUUUUAGAAAUGAUUCGCCGUUGGAAGAGAACCUUAGAAAAUUAUUUUACAUACCGAAGGGCAUUUAUUUUAAUUACAAUUGUAUUUGGAUUUAUCUUUUAUGUGGGCCCCAAUUUCAUGCGAUGGCUCUCACAAGCUAAGCCAGACAUUGAAGAUGUUGCCGAAAGAUGUCUGAAAGAGAGAUUGAGACAAUUUAAUUUUGAUUUUGAAGAAUUUAAUGCCAAUAUUCAGCACAUUCCACUACAAGACAAUGAAAAACCAUAUGUUCCCUAUAUUGGAAACGGGGUAUUUGGAUUAAGUAUCUAUCCAGAUAGUCCAUUGUAUAUCAGAUAUGGACGUACUUUAUCCCUUCCUGUCUAUUGGCAUCCUAUUAUCACUGUUGCCGGUGAUUCAAGGCCAGCAAAAGAAGCUACUGUGAUACAUUAUUUGACAGGUAUUGCCCAUCGAUUUCAGUGUUUUAGUUCGGGGUUGUAUGUCUCCUACCAGUAUUAUGCUCAUCGUACCAUGGCAGCUAUUUUGGUGCAAGAUAUUUCAAUAACAAAUCCAACAAAUGAAAAUUUAUUCUUAAAUUUACAACAACUGAAAUUAUCAAAUUGGCCUACUGCUGUAUCACAUACUGUAACAUUUCAGCAUGGUAUAGGAGAUCAUGAUUAUCAAGCUGUAACAGGAAUGGUAGAAGUGGCAAAUCCCAAUUCAGAUGUUAUAGCUGUAUCAAUUGUGUCUAAGAAAAUUCCUCGAACUGUGGAGGUUAAAGCACAUAAAUCAGCAACUUUGGAAUUUCUGACAUCUAUAGAAUAUUCUGAACCAAUUCAUAAAGGAGAUUAUGCAGCAAAGAAAGAUAUAACUGAAAAUCAGUGUAUGGAGAAAAUGAAGAGAGCAGUACUUAAGACACGCCAAAAUCGUCAAGCUGAUCAUGUAAAUGUAUGGCAAAAUUUGUGGAGUACUGGUGUGUCAAUAAGCCAGUCUAAAGCAGCUAAUGCUAUCAAUGGAGAUAAAAUUAAUGCCACAAUUUAUUACGUGUUGUCACAUGUCACAUCUCCUUAUUACGAAGAAGGAACCACUAAGGAACGGAAAAAUGAUUUAGCCAAUAGCCUCUUUUAUGCUGAAGGCUGCUAUGGAGGUCACCAUACAUUACAAGCUGAUAAUUUGUGGGGUGAUUUGUCCUCUGUCAAGGAUGUUAAUAUUACUGCAUCCAAAUGGCUUUUGACAUUAGAGAAACAGGGCUGCCACAAUUUACUUAAAGCUGGUGCAAGUGGAGUCAUUCAAGCCAUUGUAUUGAGCGUAGGGAGUUUGCGAUUUAGCAAUCAACAUUUAGAGUUCAAUAUUCAUCCCAAGUUUCUCCAUAGAGAUUUUCUUUUUAGGAGAAUUGGCUACGGUAAUUCUACUCACGUAAAUAUCAGUGUUGUGGUUCAGGAAGAUAAUAAAGCUGUUCUGUAUGUUGCUUUGGAUAGAAGUGAUAAAUUUUAUUACGCUUGUGAUGGAGGUUGUCUUGAUAAUCCUGUUCAGUUGGGGCCAAUGAAGAAACAAUUUCCUGUGAAGUUGACAGAUCCAGUCACUGCUAUAUUGUAUAUUACAUAUGAUAGACAACAUAUGGAAGAUUUAAGACAUGCAAUCCAUUUAAAAGAAGUUGCAGAAGCCGCAGUGGCAUGUGCUAGUGGUGGCAAGUAUUGGGGGAUGCAACCGUGUUUGGGAUGUCAACCCAUUGUGUGGGAUGCACCCGUUCGUGUGUGGGAUGCAAGCCGUGUGUGUGUGAGCAAACCAUGUGAUGUGGGGGAUGCACUGUGUGCGUGGAGAUGUCAAUCGUGUGUUGUUGUGGGGAUCAAACCAUGUGCUGUGAGUAGUGCUGUGGAGAAUGCAACCAUCACAACCGUGUGUGAGUGCAAACGCAUGUGUGCUGUGGGGGCUGCAAUUGUAUCUCCUGCACAUGAACAUCAUGUGAUAGCACUUCAUAAACAUGGUGAUCAUCUUGGUGGAUUACCUGCUCUGUUCUGGGUGUCGAUUUCAUUUCUUAUCAUUGUAUUUCAUUUGUUCCUAUUUAAACUGAUAUAUAAUGAAUACUGUGGUUCACAAGAUAAAUAUCGUACCAGGUAUGGUAAACUAUAAAAAUGUGGUCUGACAAACUUGUGCAAAAGUGAAGUAGUCACAAUUACUGUAUGACUUCGAUUAUGAUUGGACUGAACUGAUUAUUAUUAUUAUAGGUAUUUAUAAAGUGUAUAGUGGAUAAAAUCCAUUGACUGUUUUAAAUUUGCUUAGACUCGAAUGUGACUAAGAGUUAAAAGUUAUUUUUCCAUCAUUGUAUGGUGAAUUAAUAGAGAUUUCAUUUGUGGAUGUUGAUUUUUAGUUGUCAUGUUUGAGUGAAAAUGUACUAUGAUUGGAGUUAGGGAACAUAAUUGGAGGGAAGCAGUAACAAGAUCUGUUAGUAUUGGAAUGGUUACUUUUUUCCUAAUUUGACUUCCCUAUCAUUUGCAGCAUGACAGGUCAAAUAAUGCUUGCUUUGCAUCUUGUAUGAUUGAAGACGAGUUCUAAAGAAUACAAGUGUUUUAAGGCAUUUUCAUUACUCCAAAAACAGAAUAAAGUUGGUUAAAAUUUCUUUGAUUUGUAUUGUAAUUAAAAAUACUCAUUUCCAAAUUUCUUUUACCUCAUUUCAAGAAUAAUUUCAUUUCUAAUCAGAAUCCUCAGUUACCAGAGUCUGCUAAGAAGUAGUGUGGGUCCUUUUUGUUGUUUUUGUUAAUUUUUUUCUUUGUGCAGCGUGUUGAACUGUUUAUUGAAAGAAGUAUUUCUUGUAAAUGUCUGUGUUGGUGUCUUAAUAGAGUGGCAAUUUUAAAACUAUUAUUUUGCUAUAGAAUAAAUUAUUUAAUAUUGUAUUCUGUUAUUUUUGUUUCACUUGUUUAAAGUUGCAUUGUGCUCAACAAACAAGUAAAAUCAUUUGGGACCAAAAAUGUGCCAAAUCCAUUUUUUCCUUACUCUUCCUUUGAAGUAUUGCUUGUAAUGAAGAAGCUGUUGUAGUGUGUCUGUAAAAUUAAUUUUCCAAGCAGUGCAUGUGGUGGAAUAUGCAUAACUUUUUAAAAAUUACCUUGAUCUCAAAAUUGAAUCAGGCUUACAAUUAUACCCUGUUUAUAAAUGUGUUUGGAAAUUCCCAAAAUUGUGCUUUAUCCGCAUUAGUCACUGUGAAUGUUGUUAUACUAUUGGUGGUGCAAUAACUUCACAAAAUAUGAGACUGAUUAAAUGUAGACAAUUGAUUUCCUUCUGAUUUAGUAAUUUCCAAAUAAAUUUCAUUUAACAACAGCAAAUGUAUUCCUUUUCCUUCUAUAAUAAUACUUAAAACAAGACACUGAUUAAUUGUAUAUGUAAGUAAUACAUAUGUACAGAGGAAAAUGUGUGUGUUAUAAUUGGAUAUUGUAAGGUAAUGCAAAGAACAAAAUGUUUAAGAAAAUUCUCAUUCAUUUUUAAAUAAAUUAAUUUAUACUAUUAUAUCCUAAUUAACAUUUCAUUGAUAUUUAGUUUCUAUAGGACUGAAGCCCAUAUCAGAUGUGCACCACUUUAUUUUAGCUGCAUACCUCAAUAAUCAGGGUGGCCAACACUCAGGAACAUAUGAAAUAAUCGUAAUAAUCUGGAAUUGGUAUUUCCAAGAAAGGUAAUGGAAUUGUGAGUGUAUUUUUCUUUUGCAUUGCAUUACACAGGUAAACCUAUUAUGUUGGACUAGUCGAAUUGCUGUUGUACAUCACCAGAUAUUUGAAAAUCAGCUUGAAAACAAAAUUAAAGUCUUAGUAUGAAAUAAUUUUUUUAAUAGGACUUAUUUGCAUUUAAAAUAAAAGAUUAUAACAACAUUUUUAAUCAACUUCAUAAUUAUAACAAAUGAUAUAAUUUAAGCACGGAAUUUUUGUCAAGAAAUGUCAUGAAAGAGUUGAGGAAAAUCCAGAAACAUAUGGGAAUUUUAAUCAAUUUGUUGACCACCCACGUUCAUAAAUAAGGUGUGUUUGCAAAAAUAGGAUUUCAGUUUUCCCAUGUUGCUACACAUUAAGCAAAUCUUAACAUUUCAUCAUGUGGUUGAGUGUUAAAGAGAAAAAACUUUUUCUGAAGGGAAAAAAACAACAACAACAACAACUACAAACAAAACGUUAUUUCACAUUUUCAUUAAAAUUGAACUUAGAUUAUAUUUUAAAUCCUAAUGCAAAUCAGACAAUAAAAACCAUUAUUGAUAAUAAUUUGUAAUUACACAUUCUAAAUUUGAAAAUUAUUUAUGAAGAUAUACAUAAUGUUGUUUGUACUUUACUGAAUUUACUGUAGUUGCAUAACAUGCUUGGACAAACCCUCCAACUUCAUCAAAGCAAACAUAUUUUAUGAAAAAUAUUUUAUAUUCUUGGGAAGAUAAUAUUUAACUGUUGUAUAAUCAUAUAAACUAUUAUGAUUAUAAUACAUUUUGUAUUGCAAUUACAUAUUACAAUUGUACAUUUCACCAAGAAAUAUAUUUGGUGCAAAUACCCAUGACCAGAAUAAAGCAGCGACAAUGCUUCUAAUAAAUGUUUGAUAUAUUUUUGCUGCAACAAACUUUUUAUAAAUUAGCUUUAUUUCAUUUGGGCUGUAGAAUGGAAGUGUAAUGUGUCAUCAUUUUAUUUUGCAUAUCAUGUUUCUGUUGGUCAUUUUAAUUAAUACUUGCAGCAGUUUUUGCAUAAAUUCCUUGUUGAGCACAUCUGUAUCUCUAAAUGGUAUUGAGAUCUUGAGUUUGAGUUUUAACACAAUUAAGACAGCUAUGUGGUCAUAUAAUGCUAUAUUUUGCUCUUCAGACAUUUUUUAUUCCAAAAAUAUUGGCAUUGACUUUUUGUUAUGAAUGUAACAACACACAUUUUAAACAAUUGAAAAUAUAACUGUAAUAAACAUUGUUUCGCAUAUUUCAGUCCCCCAAAUAAGAAAAUUUAAACGACUAUAUAAAACUUAUUAAAGUAUAAUAAUGUAAUAAAUCUUCAAAAAUUAUAAAGAGAGAAAUCCGAGAUAACAAUUUAUACAGGCAAUUAUAUUCUCAUUUACACUAGAUUCAGAAGGAUGCAGCUGAAGCUUACCCACCAUGCACAACAUCAAAGUCUUGCAUUGCCAGGCAUGAGGGUGAAAAAUAUUAACUGCUUAAAGUGAAUUACAAUUAACCAACAAACAUUGAAUAAUGAGUGCUGAGUGUAGAUGAAACAAAAAUGAUCCUACAGGUGUGUUUCCUCCCUCUAUUUUUUUUACAUUACAAUAUGAGCCUUCCACAUGGGCAUUGCACACUCUAAUACAAACAGUGUGAAACAGGAUUUAUGUUGCCAAUUCUCUUUAACAAUUGCAUUACAUUUCAAACAUAGUUUUACAAAUUAUAAAAAUGGGUCAGUCUAUAAGAAUAUUAUUUUUCACAUAGUUUUUUAACAUGUCUAUACAACCUUUGUGACCAAAUCCUAUUCAGGAACUACCUCUUCUUUGUUUGCCAGAGUUAAUGCUCACUCUAAUAUUGGUGUAGUUGUAGCAGUCAUCUAAUCUGAAUUGAGCACUAAGCAUUCAAACUAAAAUUUUCUUUUUUGUAAUGAAACUACUGUUGGCUAUGGGUUGAAGCCUGUUUUCAUGAUUUAUUUCAAGAAGAAAAUUGCAAAAUAUACAAAUAAAUUGCCUGACUUUUCCUGCAAUUUAUUUGUAUAUAAUUUAAAGGAUGGGAAUGAAAGUUAAUUCAGUAUAUACUAAUUAUUAAAAACAUCAACUUUGUAUGUGCAACAUGUAAAAAAAUUAUAAUUUAUUUACAAUGAUGUGAUAAUGUUUGGUUUUGUUCUCAUAUGGAUGUUUAAGAAACUUCAUUAUGGCACUAGUUUCAUUGUCUAUAUAAUAACACUUCUUUCCAAAGACAAAAGAAAGGUGCUAUUUGAAACAAAUGAGUACCAUUUGUUACUCAUUAUCCUAACUAAGACAGUCUUGUAAAAUAAUGAUAUAACCAUUAAAAUAAAAAGCAAUUGCUCAU